AGCUGGAAAGUGUAAACUUUCAUCACUCUGAUUUUAUAAAGUCUCAUUCACUCUCACCACCAUUUCUAAUUUCAAAGCGCAGAGCUCUUCCUUAAAAUAGAAAAAAGUCAACAAUGGUGGUGAAGAUGAUGAAGUGGAGGCCACGGCAAUCGAAGAAAUUGGAGGCGAGAAUCACCGUUCAUCGGCUGGAAAGCGGUGUGAAGCGCGACGAUUGCGCCGGCUAUUCGGUUGAGAUCAAAUGGAAGGGCGCCAAAGGGAUCUCUCUGAGUUCUCUCAGGAAGAGCGUUAGAAGGAAUUUCACAAAGGAGGUGUUGUUGAAUCAGCACGGAAUUGUUCCAUGGGACGAACAAUUUCGAUGCUUCUGCGCUUUCUCCGCUAAUAAGGACGGUCUCUUUCAUCCUUGGGAGGUCUCCUUCACCCUUUUCAAUGGGUCGAACAGGGUAGCCUCUGCAUCAUUAAAUCUAGCAGGUUUCGAUAAACAGGCCAGGGACAUUGAUAUUCCUCUUGAUACCAAUGCUUCUCUUCAUCUGUCAGUCGUUCUAGUUGAAUUGGAAAAUGUCCAAGAUCAAUCUGAAUCAGCGCCAAAAUCCAUUCUCUUGUUUCCUCGAUCACCAUGCUACGGAGAAAUGUUUUCCACAGAGAAACAGGAUCCCUCUCUCUCCCCUUCCAAGGCCAGCCCCAUGAGAAUCAACAUCUUAAAGGGGCUCUCUUCGUUCAGGCCUAAAAGAGACGAAGGCAGUGAUGGCAGGAGCUCCGACAGGAGCGAUCCUCUCGACUCCUCCGAUUCAGACGACCACGGCUCCAGUGAGGAGGAUUCUUGCGACAGGAAGUCCUUCAGUUAUGAGACUUUGGCUUAUGCAAACUAUGCCGGAGCAACAAACACGAGUGAGGACGAGGACUGGCUAUACUACACAUAUCGAACCAAGCACGUGUCGUCGUCCCCCGAUGAUCAUCAUCCGAUGCAGGAGCAGAGCGCCAAGCCUCGGAUUCUGCCGUGGAGGAAGCGGAAGCUGAGCUUCAAGUCUCCCAAGAUGAAGGGGGAGCCGUUGCUGAAGAAGUGCUAUGGCGAGGAAGGAGGCGAUGACAUUGAUUUCGAUCGAAGGCAGCUUAGCUCCUCCGACGAGUCCACCUUAACGAGAGACGGGGAGAGCUCCAGCACGUGCGCCUCGGCCUUUGGAGACGAUGAUUUCACGGUUGGCGCCUGGGAAGAUAAGGAGAUCACGAGCCGCGAUGGACACAUGAAGCUGAAAACACAAGUUUUCUUCGCUUCAAUCGACCAGAGGCACGAGCGUGCAGGCGGUGAGAGUGCUUGCACGGCUCUGGUUGCUGCCAUCGCGGACUGGCUGCAGUCCAACGACAAUGAGAUGCCGAUCAAGUCCCAGCUUGACAGACUCAUCCUUGACGGAUCACUGGAGUGGAGAAAUCUCUGCGACGACGAGGCAUACAUGGAGCGCUUCCCGGACAAGCAUUUUGAUCUCGAUACAGUACUGGAGGCAAAGGACCGGCCACUUUCUGUCGUGCCAGAGAAGUCAUUCGUUGGAUUCUUCCAUCCGGAAGGAUUGGAUGAGAAAGGGUGUGAUUUCCUCCAAGGCGCCAUGUCGUUUGACAACAUAUGGGAUGAGAUCUCUGCAGCUUCCUCAGAGAUGCCUACCUCGGCUCGCCCUCUCGUCUACAUCAUCAGCUGGAACGAUCACUUCUUCGUCUUGAAGGUCGAGCAAGAUGCAUACUACAUUAUUGAGACUUUGGGUGAGAGGCUCUAUGAAGGCUGCAAUCAGGCCUUCAUCUUGAAAUUUGAUAGAGAUUCCGCGAUUCAUCAGCUCACUGAUAAGCAGGAAGGUAAAUCUGCAGAGGAUAAACCAGAGCAAAAUGAGAAUAAGGAAGGCUCAUCUACUACUAGUAAUCUAACAGAAGGAAAGAAUGUGGAAGAAUGGAGCGUGGUGGGCACGGGCAAAGAGUCGUGCAAAGAGUACAUCAAGAGCUUUCUGGCUGCAAUCCCCAUCAGGGAGUUGCUAGUUGACCUGAAAAAGGGGCUGCUGGCAUCGACGCCUCUUCAUCAUCGUCUGCAAAUCGAGUUCCAUUACACCAAAUGCCUGGAUCCACAGAAGGAGCUUAAUACUAAGGAAAGCUUAACAAUGGAAGCAUUAGAAACUGAAAAUCUGUAGGGAUUAAAACGCUUUUGCAGUUAUGUCUAAUUUGCAUGUUUGUACAUGAGAAGGUAAAGCGUGCAAAAUGUGCACUAAGCUUAGUUUUGGCUUGCCUAACCUUUGGCAUACACAUCAAUAACCAAUUUUCAAAGAAAUGGAGUAUAUGAGUUGAAUACAUAUAUUAUCCUUGUUUA